UUGUUGCACAUGGUAGUUUUAGUUCUACUAACAUUGUGGGUGAUCUAUCUAGCACUUCUAACUAUAAUCCUAGUAGCACUUCUAAUAAGCAUGUCCAAACUAAAUCUGAUGACUUACCACACAAUUCAGUGAGGCGAGAUCAGACUUCAAGAUUUAAAGGAAAAGAUGGAAAGAGUAACUUACCCCAUGGUCAGAACAAUGGUGGCAGUGCUGAAGGUUAUGAUGCCUCUGGAUGGGAAAAACAAAACAGGAAUGGUAAGUGGUCUUCCCGUUUAAAGAUAGAAGAAUCUGUUGAAGUGGAGAUGCAGAAAGAUGAUGGGUCCACAAUAGAAAAUGAAAAACAGUGGAGUGGCAAAGAAAUAGAUUUGGAAAAUGUAAUGACAAGUCAGGAAAGCAGUCAGACUAUGGAGUCUGAAGAAGAAAAAUUGCAAAACCUCAAUGAACAGCUGUUGAAGAAAAUAAAUCCACAAGCUUUUGAACAACUGAAGCCUAUAUUUGAAAAACAGUUUAAAGAAGCAUUAAAGACCUUGAAUCAGAGAAAACAACCAAAUACUGAUCAGGUAGAUGAGACAGGAAAAACUAAGGAUGAAAAAUAUCACAGAGAUAAUAUGAAUGUUGUUGUAGACCAGGAAAAGCUGAAACAUUUUGAUAAAAAAGUUAAAGAGGCGUACAAACAGAAGGCUACAGAAACAUAUGCCCAAAUACAAGAGACGUUGAAGACGUGGAAAGCUACUAAAGAAAGUAUAAAAGAUAAGCAAAUUGAAGCGAAUCCUGUAGAUUGGCGGACUGCUUAUUAUGAUAUGCCUGUUUUUGACUUGAUGGAAGGGAGGCAAGAGUAUAUAAAGACUUUUUACCAAAAUAAAUACCCAGAAUCUUAUACACAACCAAGAAAAUAUACAAUGGAUGACUUUCCCAAGAUUAUUAAUGAGAAAAGACUUAACAUGGAUUUGGUAGAUCAGAUCAGUAGGAGUAUAAAUGGAAACAAGAAAAGAGAGGCUAUUAUCUAUAGACCAAAUAAAGAAGGAACAGUCAGAGGACAAGUCUAUCAGAUGACAAUAGAACCAUCAGGGGAGAUCACUACAGAGGUAAAACAAUACAUUCAGCCUGGUUCCCCUCCCCAGUUAGUGUCCCAGAAUCAGAAGUUAGAAGAUAUAUAUGUGCAAGAAAAGCAAGCAAAAGAAGAAGUAGAAGAAAAGCCCUUGUCACCAGAAGAACUUAAAGCUGAAGAAUACUACAAGCAAGGAGAGGCUCUUAUAAAUGAAACAUUCCAGAAAGACUACCAUCAAGCACACCAGUUUUUCAAGAUGGCUGCUGAUCUAAAUCAUACAAAAGCUUUAGAACAUAUUGCUUUUGCCUACCUGUUUGGAGAUUAUAUGCCACAGAAUAUUGAAAAAGCUAAAGAAUUAUUUGUGGAUUUGUCAAACAGAGGGUCACCAAGGGGACAAUUGGGUAUGGGAUUUCUCAGUAGUGCAGGAAUUGCAGUCAACUCCAGUCAGGCAAAGGGUUUGAUAUUCUACACAUUUGCUUCACUUGGAGGUGAUCCAUUGGCACAGAUGACAUUAGGUUACAGAUAUUGGUCUGGGAUAGGAGUAGAGACCAAGUGUGAAUCUGCAUUAACUUAUUACAAGAAAGCAGCAUCAACUGUGGCAGAUGCUGUUACAUUUUCAAGUGGUCCUGCCAUACAGAGAAUCCGAUUACAUGAAGAAGCAGAAAAUCAAAACUCAGGUCAAAGUGCAUUGAUGGAUGAUGAUUUACUACAGUAUUAUCACUUUCUAGCAGACAAAGGUGAUGUUCAGGCUCAGGUUGUUCUAGGACAGCUGUAUUACCAAGGUGGAAGAGGAGUACCAGUAGAUCAUGAGAGAGCUCUACAUUAUUUUAUGAUGGCAGCAGAGUCAGGGAAUGCCAAUGCACUGGCUUAUCUGGGGAAGAUGUACACAGAAGGUAGUGCAGCAGUGGAACAGAAUAACCAGACAGCCAUGAUGUACUUCAAAAAUGCAGCAGAUAAGGGAAAUGCAGUAGGUCAGACUGGUCUUGGAAUGAUGUACAUGUAUGGAAAAGGUGUGGCAAAGGAUUUUAAUAAGGCUUAUAAAUACUUCCAAUUAGCAGCAGAUCAAGGAUGGGUAGAUGGACAGUUACAGCUUGGUAUUAUGUACUUCAGUGGUAAAGGAGUAAGAAGGGAUUAUAAAAUGGCUGUUAAAUACUUUAACUUGGCUGCUCAAGGAGGACAUGUGUUAGCUUAUUUUAACCUAGCACAGAUGCAUGCUACAGGGACAGGGGUACUAAGGAAUUGUCAUACAGCUGUAGAGUUUUUCAAAAAUGUGGCAGAAAGGGGACGCUGGGCUGCUAUGUUACAAGAAGCUCACACACUGUAUAAAGAAGGAAAUGUUCAUCAGGCUUUAAUGAAAUACACAUUCCUUGCAGAUUUAGGAUAUGAAGUGGCUCAAUCAAAUGUGGCAUAUAUUUUGGAUAAUGGUGAAGUUGGAUUAUUUGUGGAAGAUGAAAUUUAUCAGCGAGCUUUACUUCACUGGGGUAGAGCUGCUUCCCAAGGAUCUACUAUAGCUAGGCUCAAGAUGGGAGAUUAUCAUUACUAUGGAUAUGGUACUAAAGUAGACUAUGAAUCAGCAGCUAGUCAGUACAGACUAGCAUCGGAACAGCAACAUAAUGCUCAGGCCAUGUUUAAUCUGGGAUAUAUGCAUGAACAGGGUCUUGGUCUUAAACAGGAUCUGCAUCUAGCCAAAAGAUUUUAUGACAUGGCUGCAGAAACUAGUAUAGAUGCUAAAGUUCCAGUUAUGUUAGCUUUAUUUAAAUUAGGAGUAUUUUAUGGUGCUGAUGUAUUUAAUAAAGAAAUAGAAGAAAUGAAUAAUUUUUUCCAAAAACUAGAUCCAAGAUAUUUAUUUGGUCCUGACUGGGAUAUGUAUUUGAUAACUUUUUUUGCAUUGUCAAUAGGAUUAAUUAUUUUAUUACGAAGAAUAAGAUAGUUGUGAUGUAUUUUGUUACAUAUGUGUGUUCAUAAGAAUUUUGAUAAAAGUGGGUGGUUGAGAGGUGUAUGUAAGCAUGAUUGCUGUGGGAGUAGCUGUGUGUAAGGAUUUUAUGGUGACUGUUGAUUUUAUAUUAAUAAAAAUAUUUAUUACA